CUGCAGCCGGACUCCAGGGCCCUUCGGUACAUGAAGAGGCUGUACAGGAUGUCUGCCACCAGGGAGGGCAUCCCCAAGGCUCAGCGGGGCCGCCUCUAUAACACGGUGCGGCUCUUCACCCCGUGCUGGGAAUGCCAGCACGGCCACCUGGGGAAAGAAAUGACUGGCUAUGUUCACUCUGUGGAUUUACUCUUCAACUUGGAUCGUGUUACUACUCUGGAGCACUUACUCAAGUCUGUCUUGCUCUAUUCCUUUGACACAUCUGUUCCCAUUUCCUCUUCCAUUACCUGCAUAUGCCAUUUAUUCCUUAAGGAACAUGAUUUUUCCAGCCAAGUCUGUCCCAGCAUUUCCCACUCUCUAGCUUUUAGCCUGCACUUUGACGUUAGGAAACGCAAAUGGGUGGAAAUGGAUGUGACUUCUUUCCUCCAGCCUCUGAUUGCUACGAACAGGAGGAAUGUCCAUAUGGCUCUGAACUUCACUUGUGUGAUGGGUGACCCACAACGGAGCACAAAAGUGGAAAAUGCAAUGAAUGUGACACUGGUUCCCCCGUCCCUUCUGCUCUAUCUGAACGACACCAGUGAGCAAGCUUAUCACCGGGGGAGCUCACUCGGGCACGGCAGGAAAGGCAGCAGCCCGCUUGUGGAUCCUCCAAAGGGUGGCCAAGGACAAGGCAACCCCCAGGGUAAAAGGGCCUCUCGCCAGAGAAGGAAUGACAACCCGAAAGCGACCCCAACCACUUCACCUCACAACCUGAGCGAGUACCUGAAGCAGUUUGUGUUCCCUCAGCACGAGUGCAAGCUGCACAACUUCCGCCUGAGCUUCAGCCAGCUGCGCUGGGACCGCUGGAUCAUCGCCCCGCACAGGUACAGCCCCCAGUUCUGCCGGGGCGACUGUCCCCGAGCCCUGGGCCACCGCUACGGCUCCCCCGUGCACACCAUGGUGCAGACGCUCAUCUACGAGCGCCUGGACCCCUCUGUGCCGAGGCCGUCGUGUGUGCCGGCCGCCUACAGCCCGCUCAGCGUGCUCACCAUCGAGCCCGACGGCUCCAUCGCCUACAAGGAGUACGAGGACAUGAUCGCCACCAAGUGCACCUGUCGGUAG